AUGGAUAGCAUGAGUGAGGCAUUUGAUCAAAUGCAAAUGGUCAAGGAUGUUCUAGCCAACAGUGAUAAAGUUUCAGAGGUCCUACAAGAGUCUACUCAUCAGUUCAACCUGCUUACUUCACCCACCUUCCUACCAAAGGUCAAGGAUCAAGGGAAAUUCACUCUCCCUUGCACACUUGGGCAUCUUGAGAUUGACAAUGCCUUAGUGGAUUCUGGAGCAAGCAUCAAUCUGAUCUCUCUCUCCAUGGCAGAGAAGCUAGGCAUUGCUGGAGCCUUGCAGCGCCCUACUACUUCAAUCAUGUUUGGAGAUGCAACUUCUAAGUCUCCUCUUGGAGUGUUCAAGAACUAUCACUUGAAAAUUGGAGAAUGCAUCAUCCAAACUGAUCUCACUGUGAUGGAAAUGGAAGAAGAGAAGGAUUUGCCUGUUAUUGGGAACCCCUUUCCUUAUACCACUCUCAGUUCUAAGAGUCAUGGAGCUACAAAGGUUGUGAAGGAAAGGGUUGACAAGGAACCAAGAGUUGGGAAGGAUAAGGAUGAGAGAGGACCAAGGAUUGAGAAGCCACGUCUUGAGAGGGCUAGAGUUGAGAAACCACGUCUGAUAGGCCACGAGCUGAUAGACUUGUUCAAGCCCCUUGUGUGCUUGAUGAAGAGAGCCUUCAAGCUUUGUUUGAUGAGCCACUAG